AAGGAUUAAGGAAGGAAUUGAAUUUUCUUCUUCCUUGACCAAAUCGUUCUUAUCAUCCAAGACAAACCCUAUACCUCGCUAUAACACUAACUCAUCAAAGUAGACGCUACAAUUCGCAUAUCUGGUCAUCGCCCUAUCAUCGGUCGUUGCUCUGCUUUAUCUUUGUCAUUCAUUGAAUCAGAUGGAAGUGAAGCUAUGGAAUGAUAAACGUGAGAGAGAAAUGUAUGAAAAUUUUGCUGAACUUUAUGCAAUAAUCAAAGCCACAGAAAAACUGGAAAAAGCAUACGUUCGUGAUAUAAUCCCAUCAUCUGAUUAUGAAACAGAAUGUCAAAAACUAAUUGCACAUUUCAAAACCCUUUCAUCAAACCUAAAAGACACAGUCCCCAGUAUCGAAAGAUUCCAUGACACAUACAAAAUGGACUGCCCUGCCGCCAUGAACCGCCUGAUAACCUCCGGCGUCCCCGCCACGGUGGAGCACAGGGCGGCAGCCUCCGUUUCCGGUGGAAGCUCAGCUGCCAUUGUGGCGGAAUGUGUUGCGAAUUUCAUCACUGCAAUGGAUACUUUGAAGCUGAACAUGGUGGCUGUUGACCAAGUUUUUCCUUUGCUUUCUGAUUUGUUGGGUUCGUUGAACAAAAUGUCGAUUUUGCCCCCGGAUUUUGAAGGGAAGACUAAGAUGAAGGAGUGGAUUGGGAGGUUGGCAAAAAUGGGGGCGGCUGAUGAGUUGACUGAACAGCAGUCAAGGCAACUGCAGUUUGACUUGGAUUCUUCUUAUAAUUCUUUCAUGGCUGCAUUGCCUACUGAUGGGACUUGAGUUCAUUUGGUGUUAAUGCAUGGAUUUGGAUGACUUGGGAUUAGAAGCUUUGAUUUAGCUGUUGUGUUUGUAAGUAUUCUUUUAGUAUACAUAGAACCAUAUGAAAUGUGUUUGUUUUUCUGCUUUCUUAUGUUUGUACAAGGGUGGUUUUGUUUGUAAGGCAAGUUGACUAGACUAUUUUUUUGUAAAUUGUUGAAGAUUUGAAACAUUGUUUGAUGUAGAAUUUGUUAAUGGUAAAUUUAGAGUAGCCUAUAA